GAUCACUUUAAGCGGCCUGUUAAUACACUGAGAGCUGAGUGUCAAAUUCGUGAUAAAAUAAAUUGACAAUCUUUCAUAGGUCCAUGGAUUUAUCAAUGUCGCUCGUGGUCAAAGUUCUAUUGUAAUCCGGGCCGCAGAUCCAAGCUUUUCUGUCGAGUCGAAGUCAGUGAAAGCGUUCGAAAGACACGGACUAGGCCUACAGAGAUAAACAGACAAGGGAAUAUAGAGGGGAGAUCCCUCCUCACAGCUAUGGUUCCUUUAUGGCUGUUUACAGCUAGCUUUGUUGGAGUUUUACUUCCAGAUGGGGCUGUAACAGGAAGCAUUUUACGCUGUGCACAUUUCAACAGAUCAACACCUUUACAUCACCCUGACAUCUCAAUGACCUUGACCUCUGAUGGAAUACCUGUUGUCAAAAACCAUAUCACCGUCCAGUGUCAGAAUGAAAACCAUUUUUGUUACACAACCUGGAACAGAAAUGCAUCUACUGGACAGAUUGUGUCCUUUAGCCAAGGCUGCAUGAGUGGUCAGAAAAUGUCCCAGUCCUGUCUCCACAACCGGUACUGUGCCAGUAAGCUAGAUACAAUCACCGACUUCAAGAUCUGCUGUUGUCAUGGACAUACCUGCAACAACUAUUUCAGUGAAGCACAGUUUGAAAUUGGAAAGCGUGAAAAUCAAAUGUUAAGUGAUCAAGCUCAGAAACCAUCCAUAAAGGAAAAAACAGCCUCACCAGUGGACACGGAGGAGUACACCUAUUGUGCUUAUUAUGAUGUCGACACUAACCAACGGACGGCGGCAUCAAAGAAUAGCUCGUUGACAAUCAAUGACUUCCCCUCAAACACCUUUACAGAUGAACUGGUCUUGCAGGAUGGAAAGACAGUACGCUGCUCCAAGAAGGAUUCCUGCUAUACACUUUGGUUUGGAGCUACAAACGAGACGGAGGCCAUUAUCAACAGACAAGGUUGUUGGCGAACAUCUUGUGAAAUGGAAGAGUGUUUCUCAAAUCAACCUAUCAAAAUCUUGGAUAAAAAAGAUUACAAAUUCUGCUGUUGUCGUGGAGACAUGUGUAACACAAAUUUUACAGACAUUUAUGAUCCGAAUUUACACACAACACCAGACCCCAUGUUACCAUCUGCUCAUUUGCUUGACUCGGAAACAUAUCAGCUGUACAGACAGAAGACGAUUAUCAUAUCAAUGGUUUCUGUGUGUUCCGUUGCGCUCAUCACUAUCGGACUAUUCUUGCUCUACAAACUGUUUCCUGGCACACGCAAGCCUCCUUCUGAUUUGUUGACGGAGGUGGAAGCUCCACAACCCUCAGGCCUUGAUCUCUCAACCUUGAAACUCUGCAACCAAAUUUGUCAUGGUCGCUAUGGAGACGUGUGGAGUGGUUUUAUGGGGGAAACCCCUGUUGGUGUGAAAAUAUAUUCUUCAAAUCACAAACAGAUAUACUUAAGUGAGAAAUCCAUUUACACUUUACCAUUUUUUGAACAUGAGAAUUUAUUAAAAUUUUAUGGAGGUGAUGAACAGGUGGUUGACGGAACGACGCAGUAUAUGUUGAUACUGUCCUAUAUUCCACUUGGUGCACUCCAAGGAUAUCUAAAAACCAAUACAGUAGAUUGGGCUACUUUCUGUAAAAUGUGCCUCACAAUUGCCAAAGGACUGACUCAUCUGCACUCGGACAUUAGAAAGGGAGAUUUGUUUAAGCCAUCUAUUGCCCAUCGUGACAUCAAUACCAGGAACAUUCUUGUUAACUGUGACCUGUCUUGUGUCAUUGCUGACUUCGGCUUUGGAAUUACUAUGAUGGGAUCCAAAAUCAUUCGUAAUGGUCACUAUGAAAAUGCAGAACACUCCUCGCUACAGGAUGUUGGGACACUACGAUACAUGGCUCCAGAACUCCUGGAUGGUGCAGCUAAUCUCCGCGAGUCUGAAUCCUCUCUCAAACAAAUUGAUAUGUACGCCUUCGGUUUGGUUAUGUGGGAGAUCUCAUCCCGCUGUACUGAUUUAUUUCAAGGAGUCCCAACCCCAGAAUACAUGCUGCCAUUUCAGAAAGAGGCUGGGAACCAUCCGUCAUUUGAAGAGAUGCAGAUUCUCGUUUCUCGCAACAAAGUGCGGCCAAAGUUUCCUGAAGUAUGGAAGGAUUAUAAUCAGGCUAUCAGGGCAUUGAAAGAGACUAUUGAAGACUGUUGGGAUCACGAUGCUGAGGCUAGACUGACAGCCAUGUGUGUGGAGGAGCGUAUCUCUGACCUUAUGACCCUAUGGUCCCAAGAUUCCAAACACAAAGGUAUGACACCUACCAUCACCACUACCAGUAAUCUGUUUGAGCCGAUUUCUACAGACACUACAGACCUGAAGGUGGACGGUCAGUGUCACCUGGCUAAUGGACAUGUCAAUACAACCACACUUAGGGAACAGAUUCCUAACACCCAGUCAGACAGUAGUACUGCCCACCUCCUUGUGUCGUCACCUCCAAACAGUUACGUCAGUAGUGACGUUGUCAGCCAGCGCCCUCUGUCAUGGAGACAAGACUGGGGAAUGUCUUCAUCAACAACGGACACCAUAUUAUCACCAUCGGAAGGAGAGAUUUCCCUUCCUCCACAGAAACUCAUGAAUGUAGCAAUGGACAAAAAUAAAUCUGUUCUGCGUCCACACCAAGGCAGGAAUCCAACCGUAGAGAGAAAUACACAUAAACGUAGCGAUGAAGAACUAGCUGUAUCUGGUAAUCAGCUUGUGUAUGGGGUCGAUAACCGUCUUGUGGAAACUGCUCAAAAUGCUCCAUCUAAUAUAGCAACCGACGACACAUCAUUUGAUGGUUUCAGUGACAAUUUGGAAACUUCACUUGUUCAAAAUGACGUAUUGAAUCAUCAUCGCUCACAUCCAAUAUCAUACGUCCAGAAUCAGGUUCAUGGUGACAAUCAUCCAGUGAGGCCGAAGAUUGCCAACCUGCCAGGUACCAAUCCCCAGCCUGGAGGAAGUCGGGGUUCAGAGCCUAAACCCCACAGGAGUAAGCUGAGCAAAUUAAUGAGUGCUAGGGAGUUAGGGAGUAAGCUCGGACAACUCAGUUUGUUGUCAAAGAUUGUGACAAGAAGUUCUGACAAAAAGGAGACUGAUAGAGACAGUGCAAGGAACAGCAAGGAGAACAUGUCGCAUAUCAAUGGAAAUUUUGAUAAUUCAAGUGUAUGUGCAAGUUCAUCUUCUAGGUCAAAUACAAAUCGACCCAGUUCACUUUCUUCAAAUUCCAGCAAAAGUUAUGGACAUACUGACCACUCAAAUGUGAAUCUAAAUCAAGCUGUACCAACUGAGGUUCAAAUGCGAAAUGGAAACCCUGUUGUCAGACCUUUGAACUUAAAUAUUUCUCAUUCUGACGAGACUCAUUCUGGGAGGUCAUCUCGAAAUAGUACACAGCUAGAAAGUAGACUUGGAAUGGCAGAAAUCGGAGUUGCGAAACUAGAAAUGGUUCCUCAGCGUGCACACCAAUCAAUUGUUAAAAUUCGUAAAGGACCAUAUUCCAAAAGUACUUCUGAUCUUAGCCCUCAAAAAACAAACAAAUCAAAGCGAUGGAGUGAGACAGGGUUUGGUGAGGAGGAAGAAGACGGAAAGGAGGAUAGAGUUCAAACAUUUAAAAGACCAGACUCACUUUCCUUAAAGGGACAUAACUACACUUCUCAAAAACACUUGGGAGAAUCAAAAACUUGCUCAGAUCUUAAUCUCCUCACGGAGAGCUCGAAGAAAGCCGAUUGUAAUGUCGUUACCCUGAUUGAACCAAAGGCGAAGAUAAAACGCCGGAUAAAGACACCAUUAUCAUUGAAACAUGGAAGGUUUUCACUGUAUGAUGAUAGACUGAUGACAAAGUAUUUCAUGGAACACCCAGAAAUCCUACAGAAUAAGGUGUGUAAGUCCAGUGCUAGUCUACAGGAACUCGUGUUACUGGACAGGAAUGCAAAUUCUUUUGCGACAGCAGAUCACAAUUGUUAGUGCUGUGUGUGGAAGUGAAAAUUGACAGUGAAAAAGUCAGGAAAAUGAAUGUGUUGGGAAGUCUGGAUUGUGAGUUGUAAAAAAAAGUAAUCUCAACAUGAAUUUGUUUUUGACGUUAGCAGUGUAUCUGGAUUUGAUACAAUUGUGGAUUUUCAAACACAUCUAAUCACUUUUCUUAAUGUGCAAUUAAAACAGUUACUGGUGAAUCUUGUGAAUUAGUAUUAAAAAAAAAAGUAUUUCUUUGCUGGAUCAUCUGAAUGGUGAAUUCUACUUAAUGAUGGCUGGUUGUAAAUGACAUUUCUGUAAAAAAAGUAGAAUGAAAAUGGAUUUUUAAGGACAAGAGAAUGUUAGCUUUUGAGAGGAAGAAAUGGAAGCAGAUGUGCAUUGGUGGGAUGUACUUCAGAUUAUGUGACUUGAAGAUUGUAAAUGUAACCAGCAUUUGUUUUGAAUGAUAUACCAGGGUCAUUUCCUUGUGAUCUUUUCCUUUAUGAUGAUUUUCCUUGUUUUUUGGAAAGACGUGAUGUUAAAUGGCAUUCUUUACUAUGAGAAAAGCCAUAAGCACCCCAGAGGUUUCCAGAAAUGACUGAUAUUCAACACCAUUUUAAAUCUCUGAGGUUUGUUGGGUGAAAAGACUAAUAACAAGGUUGUCCAAGUUUAUAACCCUGACCCAGUUUUAGCUCACUUCUGUGAUGGACUAGUGAGAAUUUUAUGGAGAUGUUCAUUGUUUGUCAUCUUUUUACACAGUUUCUCUAUUACCAAGAUGCUAGGUUGAGCUAAGAUGGAUCAGUACAUCCUGGGAUAAAGGACUUUUAAAGCUUAUUCAAGUAAAUGACUUUGUUCUACUUUCAUGCUCAUUGGGGUCUGCCCCAUUUUAAUCUUCAAAAUAACUAUUCUGUGUUAUUGGAAUUUACUGAAACAAGUUUGUAACAAGUUUGGGAAUAAUUAUAAAAAAAACCAAGAAAUUUAAGAUAUUAGUAAAAACAUUCUCUUCAAAUGCUGCUGAGCAGGUAAGCAAUACACAAAUGUAUUGCAUGAAAAUUGAGUCUUUCUCAGAUUCAGGAGUUUUCUCAAAAUAGAUGGUUAUUAACUUGAUAAGUAAUAUAUGUUAUAUUGCUUUUCAACUUCAGAUUGUAAAAGUUGAGGUCCUUGUAUUUAACAGACCAAUCUGAAAUACCUUUAUUAAAACUAUAUAUCACUAUACGUUGCAUGUGAAGUGAUAAAAACUGAUUAACCCAUUCAUUUACAGUUUAUAUUUAAUUAUUGCUGAUAUUUAAUUGGUUUUAAGUGAUUUGUUGUUUUAUAUUUGUGCAAUUAUGACAGGAGUUGGUUAUUUUGUUAUUUGUGCCAGUAGGAGAGGGGAUCUGAGAUCGUGUUUGAUCGUUGAUAUAUUGUCAUCGUUCUGUGUUUGAUGUUACUAUGGGUUAUCGUUUAUAUAGAAUAUUAUAAAAUUGUCAGUCGUCACCAGCUAUGAGAAUUUCACCUUUAAAAUCCUUAAGAAAUUACACAGGAAGUUUUUGUUUUAAUCAACAUGUGUCCAUCAUGUUUGGUCUAUUGUGAGUGUGUAGGUGUGAGUGUGUGGGUGGGUACAUGUAUGUGUUUUAACACAUAUUACUGUCAACAGUUUCAAUCUUGAUGUUAAAAUGAUAUUCAAGAAACCUUAUCUCUGAGAUACUUAAUAAUUGUAUUUGAGAAAUUGUAUUGUUCUUUUGUUAUAUCAAAUUCUUUUAAAAUAGAUAUUGAAAUAGGUAAAUAAUGAUGAGUUUUUAGUUUACUUGAGGCAAAGUUUCUUGGUGACCUACUGCGAUCACCUUUGUCCGGCGUCGUGCAUCCAUUAACAAUUUAACAUUUUCUACUUCUUCUCAAAAAAAAACCCUGAGCCCAUUUCAAUGAUUGGGGCAAAAACAGUCAAAUUAACUGAAAUUUCAAGUCUUCUUUUAACUCCCAGGUGUUGUAGAAUCAAAUGCUCUUCAUGGAUGGGUCUGACGUUUUCCCUAGAUUAACUUUACUAUAAUUUGCAUAGAAAAGAUGCAUUUUUGAACAUAAUGUUGUUUAUUUCUUAUUGGGAAUAACUAUGUAAAAGAAAUAUUAAUCAAGAUGACAGUUUUAAUGGUAUGUAUGUAUUGAUAACCAUGUACCGUCAAUGUCACAGUUUCUUUUUCUUGACACUUGAAAGCUACUUACCCUUUAAUCUUUAUGUUUAAUAUCUCUCAUCUCAGGUGACAGUCAAGGCUGCUAGGCCUCUUGUUGAUAAGUCAUUUUCCAAUGUUUUCUUGUUUAUGUUUUAUGUAUGAUAAUGUUUCCUUUUUUCUGUGCCAUUUCCUGUUUCCACCAACACAUCUGUUAUUCCAUUUGUCAUCAUCUCUUCAUUUAGAAGUGAAGGACAACUUGCCUUGGAAUCAUUAUGAUUAUUGUGUAUACUUGUAUUAAUGGAGGGAUAGGAAUGUCUGUGUUAUACAUAUAGCUACGUUGAGCAAAUAUUAAAAUGUCUCAUAGAAUUGAUGCCUGUGUAAUAGGAAUUGUUUGUGCAAUGUAGGAGGCAUGCUUAGCAAAGUUUCAAUGGAUGUUGCCCUUCUGUAAUAAACACAGUGCUUUUUGUAUGAACGCAAAUUAUUUAAGUGCCAAACUAGAUUUCUGUCGUUUUUGUAUCGUAAUGUUAUAUAAAAGUAAACUGUCA